CGUGACUACAGGGCGCGUUUCGUUCCGCGCCGCGCGUAGCAGUAGCGCCGGCAAACGACAGUUGUAAUUUGUUGCAUAUUUAUCGUAAAUAUUGAAUCAUAUGUUGUAAAUAAAAGCGUAGAAUUUUAAACCCAAAUUAACAUGUCAGGGCACAAUGUGGCUGCUUUGGCUGCAGAUCUGGCCAGAGCCGUUGAACUGACCCUCAGUCCUGAGGCCUCUCAGUCAGAUAGAUUAAAAGCAUACAAUGCCUGUGAGAGUUUUAAGGAGACAUCACCACUGUGUGCUGAAGCAGGGCUGUUUCUGGCAGCUGGCACUCAGAAUUCUCUAAUCAGCAGGCAUUUUGGGCUGCAGCUUAUGGAGUACACUGUCAAGUAUAGAUGGACUCAAAUUUCUCAGCAGGAGAAGCUGUUUAUUAAGGAAAAUGCCAUGAAACUGUUGGCCGCCGGCGGCAUCAGCGAAGAGCCCCACAUGAAAGACGCCUUGAGCAGGGUGAUUGUGGAAAUGGUGAAAAGAGAGUGGCCUCAACAGUGGCCAGAUCUACUCAACGAACUGUCGAACGCUUGCCAAUGUGGAGAAAUUCAAACAGAACUUGUGCUGUUGGUGUUUCUUAGGCUUGUUGAAGAUGUCGCCCUACUUCAGACUCUGGAGUCCAAUCAACGCCGAAAAGACAUCUACCACGCCUUAACAGCAAACAUGGCGACUAUUUUUGAGUUUUUCCUGCGUCUAAUUGAGCUUCAUGUCGGUCAAUUUCGGCAAUGCAGCGGUGACCCGCAAAACACCUCCAAAGCUGCGGCACACGGUCGCGUUGUGCAGGUGGUUUUGCUGACUUUGACCGGAUUUGUGGAGUGGGUCUCUAUGGUGCAUGUGAUGGCUCAAAACGGGCGACUUUUGCAUAUUUUAUGCUUGUUGCUGAAUGACGUAGCUUUUCAGUACCCAGCGGCGGAGUGUCUUUCACAGGUUGUGAACCGAAAGGGAAAAAUGGACGAGCGUAAACCACUUUUGAUUCUCUUCAACACGGAACCGAUGCAAUGUUUAGUAACAGCAGCAAAAACCAUCGAAAUUGUAGAUAACGAGCAGAACUACCUAUUCAAAAAAAAACUUAUCCAAGUGUUUGGCGGUCUAGCCACGCAAGUGUGUACGCUAUGGUCCAAGGACGGCCUAUCUCGCCCUCAAAACUUCUCCAUGUUCUUGGAGGGAAUUCUCGCUUACAGCUCCCACCACAGCUUAAGUCUUGCGCAUCUAGGCAACCCCAUAUGGAAUUCUAUGCUGAAAAACGAGCAUGUCGCCAGAGAUCCGGUAUUUUUGAGCUACAUACCGCAGUGGGUGCAGUGCACCGCACCAAAAAUCGUCAAGUUUAAUUAUCCCAACAACCACGGCAGCUCGUCGGAUUCGGCUCAAGCUUACGCCAAGAUAGAAUUUGACAGCGAGGAGGAGUUUGCGCUGUAUUUCUACAGGUGUCGCUCCGAUUUUCUUGACUCUUUUCGGCAAGCCACAGUGGUAGCUCCUUUGGUAACUUUCAACUACGUUGAACAAUGGUUAAUAAAAUGCUUGCAAGUGCCGAAUACCACCACAGGGGGCAUAAACGACCCCGUCCAUCAAGAAUGGGAGGCUUUAUCCACCCUCUUGGAGAGUAUUUUAAGCAGAGUUCUACAGGCACAAGAAAGACCCUCAAUAGCUUCAGGUUUACAAUUGUUACAACUAUGUUUGAACUAUCAACCAGCAGACCCGUUGAUUUUGAGCACAUUAUUGACUUGUAUAUCAGCGUUGUUCGUGUUUUUGAGUAUGAGCACCGGACAGAUGGCACCACAAGUUAACUCAGUGGCCGCUUCCGGGGCCGUCCUUCUCCCUCAAGUCCUGGAGAAGAUAUUCUCGACCCUAAUAUUUUCUCCGGAAAACAAAGAUUCUCGUUCGCGCGCGGUGAAAAACGUUCGACGUCACGCGGCUUCUUUAAUGGUAAAAAUAGGAAACAAAUACCCGUUAUUGCUGUUACCCGUUUUCGAUCAAAUCCGAGCUACUGUAGAUAGUUUAUCUCAAGCGCAAGGACCGGGUGGUUUGACAACAUUGGAGAAGGUAACACUUAAGGAGGCGCUAUUGUUGAUAUCCAAUCAUUUUUGUGAUUACGAUAGACAGAGCAAUUUUGUCGGGGAAGUUCUGCGUGAGGCUAGCACUCUGUUUAUGAGUAUUGUUAACCAGGGAGCAUUCAAAGGUGCUAGGGAGUUUAUAGCUUUUGUGGGGUUAACCAAAGAUGCACAGGAUGACUCCUGCGGUCAAAACCGUAGCAAUAUUGUUUUCUGUGUAAAUUUGAUUUUGGGUGCUAUAAAAAGGUGCUCGUGGCCCGACGAUCCAGAACGCGCCACCAGAGGGGGUUUCGUGGUAUCGCUAACCGAAUCGGGGAAUCCCGUUUUUAGAAACCCCGCAGCCCCUCACGUAGUGCCACUACUGCCGCAUUUAUUAUCCCUUAUCAAAAUAUUCAACGAAACUUUUACGCCCGACGCCCAAAGUACUAUUCACGACAGCUACAAGGGUUGCCUAUCGAUGCCGGAAGCCGAAAAGUCAAAUCUAUUGGGUUUGAUUGGCCAUGCUUCUGCCGACACCAACGAUUCUCAAUCAAGUUUGAACCCUGUGGAGCGUAUGCAAAGGUUUUUGACUUCACUACACGAAAGCUGCUACCAUAUGAUGGGUUCGCUAGGUCCUUCUCUAGGAAGGGAUCUGUACGCCAUUCCUGAUAUCGGUUUAGCUAUCGUUAACAGCAUUUUAUCGCAUUUAGAUUAUAUCCCAGACUAUAGACUUAGGCCAAUAAUAAGGGUAUUUUUGAAAGCCUUCGUUUAUUCUUGUCCAGCACCUUACUACGAAGUAGAUCUUCUACCAAUAUUAACACACAUUACACCCAUAAUGCUUUCAAAACUGCAUUUAAAAUGGCAACUGGUGAUCGAAUUUCGCAACAGGGAAGCACAAGAAGACAACACAGAUACACAGGAAGUUUUAGAGGACAUUCUUACUAGAGCUCUGACUAGGGAGUACUUGGACUUUCUCAAGGUGGCGCUUGUUGGAGGUAGCUUAACUCCCGAAUCGAAUUCGGAGACUAUGGAGACCGAGGAAUUGAGCAUGGACUCCCCCACCCCGCCACCGACGAGGGCCAAUAUGGCUGCCGAGGUCAUAUCGGAUCUAGGGUUAAUCAUACUUAGGUACGAAAAAACCUGCCAAUCCACCGUCUUGGCAGUCCUAGACGCUCUAUCAUGGAUCGACAGCAAUGCCUCUCUCAAAGCGACUCUACUAACUGGUCCCAUGGUGCGUCAACUUGUCAGCGACAACUCUCUCAACGGGCCAAUGGCGGCACACAUAAUGCGCGCCGUGUUGAACGCCUUGAUGCUGCACGGACAGCACGAGGCCAACCAGGGCUCUCUUUUGACGUUGGGCGCUCAGGUUUACGAACUUUUGAGACCGUCGUUCUUGGAAGUUUUAGCAGUAAUGCAGUUGAUACCCGGUGUUAAUCCGGUAGAUUUGCAUAAGUUGGAUGAAAGGAUUUCCGGCAGUACCAGUAAGGGUAACAAAGUUGAGAAAGUCAAGAAGGAUUUGUUUAAAAAGUUGACUGGAAACUUGAUUGGUAGAAGCGUGGGCCAGUUGUUCAAGAAAGAGGUGAAAAUUCAGGACUUACCGCGCCUUGCGGUACCCCAGAAACCGUCUUUGAACCGACCAGAAGUAAUAAGUGACCUAAGAAAUAUUUUUAGUUAGCUAAAAAUGGUGACGAUUCCUCUAUAUUUUUUUAUUUAAUUUAAAAAUAAUAUUCAUGUUCAACAUUCCUCGCCCCGUUUGUUGUUCAUAUAACUCAACACAGUCUGACUUGUUAAUCUUUUAUAUUAAUUUUUGUGAAAUAAAUUAAUUGAUUAUUUUGUAUAUAAUAUUUGUUAGUUUUAUUUUGUAUUUAAUUUUUUUGCCAUUUAUUUAUUAAAAAAUGUAAUCAGA